GCGGUUUUAUGACAUCUGUGUUUUGGUGUGAAGAUGGCUGAUCGUGAAGCGCUAAAAAGAGAAAUAGAGGAACUGCAAAACCUCAUUAAUGACUAUAAAAGUACUCAUGGUGACGUUCCCUCAAGUUCUACGCAGUGGGGUCGUGCCAGACACGGCUCAAGGAGGGGCCAGGGCCAGAGUCGUGGUCAUGCCUCAUACUACACACAGUCAUAUUCAUCACUGCCAGAACCUUAUGUGCCUCAUUCUUCUGGCAGCUGGAGGAAAACAUACUCGCUUAACAACAAGAGCAACAGGACAGUUGGGUGCCAUGUGUCUCAUCCAGCUGUGGACCACCUGAACCAGCCUCACCAUCACAUCACUACAUCUGGUGAUGCUGCUACUGGGAAUAGUGCUGGACCAUUUGGAAACAACAGUGUUUUAUUUAAAAAGUUGAAAGCUGAACAAACCACAGAUAAAUAUACAACAUCUUCACUUAAUGUCCAAAGUGAGACUUCAAAGGAGAGGAAAAGUGAAGCAAGUGAAAAAAGGACUGUGCUUAUACCUUCAACAGGAAAAAACGAUCAUGGCUGCUCAUCUACCAGUAUACUAACUGACUCUGCUUCAACAUCUGACCCUGAAAUGAAGAUAAAACCCACUUUGAAAUCAUCCUCAGCUGUGAACAAUCCCUCUAUCCCUUCAUCUGUCAAACCUUCAGAUCCUGUUCAAGUCAAACCACACCUUUCCACUGCUGCCUUAUCCAAUAGGACUGUUGUAAUGCCAACAGCCAAUAGAGAUUGUACUAUGGCUUCUUCUGCCACCUCUAACCUUCAGUCUCAGGCUUCCUUAAGUCCCACAAAGCUUCAGCUUAAGCUAGAUUCAACUCAGACAUGUGUAGCCUCGCCAUGUCAUAAGAAAUCUCGGUUUACUUGGGUGAAAAACCAAGAGAUGGUAAACAUAAAAAGCACACCUAAGCCAGUGACCUCUGGAUCCUCUCCUGGGACAGCUACUCUGAAACGAGUCUCCAGCUCCAAUAAGAAGGUGUCUCGCAAGCCUAAUCUUUCCCUCGGAGCUCCUAAGACCUCAAAGUACACCUGGGUGUCUUCCUCUUGCUCCUUGUCAACAGCUGGGAAAGCAAACGCUUUAAUGAAAACGCCACGCAAGCCCCUUUCACCCAAAUCUCUUAAAGUCCCUGUAAGAACAUCUCAAGGUGGACUGGAGGUACCAAUGAAAGAAAAGAGAUGUGCCACAACCUUAACAACUUUAUCAAAAAAGUCUAAAGCUACAGGUGCCUCCACAUCCCAUGCUGACCAUGCCAGCCGCUAUCGCUGGAAAGCGGCUGGACAAAGCGCAACAGCAAAUGCAUCUAGCUCAAUUUCUAGGAAUACCCAUAAGGGCACGGUCUAUCACUGGACAGCUAACAAGAAUGGUCAAAAGGGGGAAAAGGUAUUUGCUCUGUCCUCAAACCCCACCUACAUGAACCCUACUACCACCCCACUGUCAGCUGGUGCUUUCAAGCUCAGGAGUCGAACCAAGAUCAUCAGAAGAUCUGCUAGCAGUCCCUCCUUAGAGAGAAGAUACAGCCCCAUUGUGCAGACUUUAAGGAGCCGGUAUUCUUUGCGGAGACGGACACACGCUCCGGUGAAGAGUCCAACCAAUACCAGGCGAGCACAGCCCAAAGUGCUGGUUUCAUUUGGCAGACACAAGCUCCGCCGGUGA